UAAAAAAUUACGAGCGCUAUAGUUGGUCUGCGACUGUAAACUGCUACUCGUCGAACCAGAGCUCUUAGGAUAAGAUUAAAGCCUCUCGCUUUCCUUCCAUCUUCCUUCGUCGAAUUUUCAUUUACUCCUACACAAAUCACAUUUCUCAUUCCUCAAAUCUAUGGGACUGGCUUCCGUCAUCCACAAUGGUUUUCAUACUCCUCUUAAAUUCGAUUCUAUUAGGGUUCCGCCAUUCUCAGCGACAGCUCAAGCUCUCAAAUGGACCAGAAUUCACUUCCCUCCCUCCUAUUCUGUUACUCACAUAUUUCGUGAUCAAUAUUAUCCAAUUGCUUGUUCUAGAGGCGCUGAACAGGAGGCUGAUCUAUCUACCUCAGAAUCUGAGGGCGGCAGUUCUCGGACGAAUGAUGAAGCUUCCCUUUAUGUGGAUAAAAAAUUAGGGGAGAAAACUCAGGACCAUGGAAAUUAUACAACCUCUAUUAAAACUGUUGCUUUAUGCGUUUGCACUGCUGUGGCAUUUGGCAUUGGUAUUGGUUUGAAAGAUGGAGUUGGCAAAGCAUCAGAGUUUUUUGCUGGGUAUAUAUUGGAGCAAAGUUUGUCAGUGGACAACCUAUUUGUCUUUGUACUGAUUUUCAAAUAUUUUAAAGUGCCACUCAUGUAUCAGAAUCGGGUACUUUCAUAUGGUAUUGCCAGUGCAAUCGUCUUUCGUUUGUCACUGAUACUACUUGGAACAGCUACUCUGCAGAGGUUUGAGGCUGUCAACUUAUUCCUGGCUAUAAUACUCUUGUACUCAUGUUUCAAGCUAUUUGUCAGUGAAGAGGAUGACACUGACUUAUCCAACAACUUUGUAGUGAAGACAUGCCGGAGAUACAUCCCUGUUACAUCUAAUUAUGAUGGGAAUCGUUUCAUAACAAAUCAGGAUGGUGUGUGGAAAGCCACACCUUUGCUUCUCACAGUAGCAGUUAUUGAGCUCAGUGAUAUAGCAUUUGCUGUCGAUUCAAUACCAGCUGUCUUUGGUGUUACGCGGGAUCCUUUCAUUGUUUUUACUUCUAAUCUCUUUGCCAUCUUAGGUUUAAGGUCGCUUUAUACGCUUAUUUCUGAAGGUAUGGCAGAGUUAGAGUAUUUACAGCCUUCGAUUGCUGUUGUUCUAGGCUUCAUUGGUUGUAAGAUGAUCCUGGAUUUCUUUGGGAUUCAUGUAUCAACUGAGGUCUCUCUUGGUUUUGUAGCAACGAGUCUUAGUGCAGGUGUGCUAUUGAGUCUAUUGAAGAAGUCUGACUAGUUAUAGAAGCAACUGCAGGGUAGGUGGUAACUCUGCUCUAUAAAUUCUUUUACUCAACACAAACGACUGAAUCGUUGUGCCUUCUUUUACCUGGUUCAAUGUGCAAUUCUUGUCUAAUAAAAGGAUAGCUGUUUGUCUCUUUCUUA